UGAGGCAAACCAGGAUGAACAGUCAAAUGUCUCCCUAUUCUGUCAGUUUUGUCGCAGUGGAAUAGACUUGCACUUUCAUUGUCAAUGUUUGCACUGCUCACCAUUGUAUGGGAUUAUCAACGAUCUAUUUUAGAUUUGUAAAUUUUUAGCAAGAUGUCAAAAGGCGUCUGGAGAAAAUGCGCCCUCUCCCCGGCUGGAGGAGCCUCGUUCACCUGUCUCGUGAUGAUGUUUCUUCUUGUCGCUGUUAACAAACACCGGGGGAGUCAAGUGGAGGACGUUUCCACCGAGAGAGAGUUCGGGACUCGCUCCCUGCAGAGUUUAAACAGCAUGGGUAAUAAUGACAAAACCGAGGACCAGGUCGGGGAGAAAUGUCAGGCGGCACAGGUGAAGGGUUUCUCGGUGUACUUCAGUGAGUUGAGCCGGGGGAAGCGGGCGGUGGAGCACAGAGCGGUGAAGGCUAGUGAUCCUACACCGGUGGAGGAGCUCAGUCCGGCGGAUGUGUUCAUAGCGGUGAAAACCACCAGGAAAUACCACCACAACAGGCUGGACAUACUGCUGGACACGUGGAUCUCCAGAAACAUGCUACAGACGUACAUAUUCACAGACGGAGAGGAUGACAGGCUGAGGAAAAGGAUGGGGAGUCACAUGAUCAAUACUAACUGUUCAGCGGCCCACAGUCGCCAGGCUCUGUCCUGUAAAAUGGCCGUCGAAUACGACACCUUCAUCAGCUCUGGCAAGAAGUGGUUCUGCCAUGUGGAUGAUGAUAACUACGUGAACAUACGCCCCCUUGUGAAACUCCUGUCUCACUACAGCCACACCCACGAUGUCUACAUUGGCCGGCCUAGCCUCGACCGACCACUAGAAGCCACCGAGAGGUUUGGCAACUCCCACACGCGUCCAGUGCGUUUCUGGUUUGCCACAGGAGGGGCAGGGUUCUGUGUUAGUCGAGGUCUCGCCCUCAAGAUGAGCCCCUGGGCCAGUGGAGGUAAUUUCAUGACAACAGCUGAUCGUAUUCGUCUCCCUGACGACUGUACGGUUGGUUACAUCAUCGAGGCGUUGCUAGGGGUGGGGCUUAUCCGCUCCCCACUGUUCCACUCUCACCUGGAGAACCUUCAGCUGGUGUCACAGACACAGAUACACCACCAGGUGACUCUGAGUUAUGGAACGUUUGAUAGUAAGAGAAACAUAAUCAGCAUAAGAGGAGCGUUCUCAUUGGACGAAGACCCUACCAGGUUCAGGUCUGUCCAUUGUGUCUUAUACCCAGACACUCCGUGGUGUUCAGCCCUGACCUGGUACUGAGGUAGUGACCCCACCAGACCAGAGACACAGAUUGGGGGAUGGACAGAGGAGAGAACAGGAGAAACAGAGCCAAGAUCCUCCCUCUGUAUGGAUUCAGAAUGAGAGCAUAUUGUCAUGAUACGGUGCCUUCUGACGAUAGGACGGCUUUCUUAAGGUCUCAUGUCCUACUUGGUGUCAUAGGGGUGAGUUGGAUAGUUCUGGGGUUCCUAGGGCCUCCUCAUGGGACGACACUGGAUCUCUCCGUCACUGGAUCCUUACACCCUCUAACCCUUGACCUCUAACCCCUUGUCCAUCCCAGAGAGACCUAGUGGGGAGAAGAGACGAGCAAUGUUGUUGUGAAGUUCCUGAUUGCAGCUGGCUCUGUGUUGGACAAUGUAGCAGGUCUAACUGAGAGACUGUUUUAAGGCACAGUGCUGUUGUGUUGCUGCACUCUGUUUUGUAGCCUGAGUACCAGUCUUUUUGUGUUGCUGCACUCUGCUUUGUAGCCUGAGUGCCAGUCUUUUUGUGCUAUCAUCAACUCCUUGUCACUCAAUGUCAUGUUUGGCUUGACCAUGACAUCAGUGCAGUUGGCAUGGUAGGACAAACAGAUCUGGGACCAGGCUAUCUAUUUUGUGAGUAGAAGUUUUAAUAUUUUUUAAACAUUGGUUGCUAAGGAGAUUGGUUCUACAUCCUCUUUGGUGUUUCCACAUUCCGCCUUCUGCAUCUUGGGGACCGAAGGAUAUGCAAAUUAUUUACUAGUUUCUUUCCCAAUAUUAACGUUUAUUGUGGAUAAAAGAAAGUGAUGUCAACAGACUCCGGAUCUCGACCAGACCAGUAAAGUGCUGUGUUCAUUUGCUUAUUGUUAACAGUUUGUCGUUUGCUGUUUGUAACUUUUCGGUAUUAUCUUGUUAUUCCAGCAGACUGCUGUUAAUCAGACAUCAGUUACAAUGACUUCUCUGAGUUCUAUGGUGACUAAGCACUUUGCUGGGAGUUAUGAAGCACCAGGGCCUGUGUUAAUGGAGCAGCUCUCAGAGGACGACUGAUGAUCUAGAAGGCCAAACUGAGCCUAGAUCAGCAAUCUUACUCUGAGAUUCUUUAUGAAUAUGAGCCAGAAAUCACAUCAUACUGUAUUGAAGACAGACCAGUCAAAAGUUUGGACACACCUACUCAU